CACAUGGCAUGCCGGGUGGACAUUCCAGAACUUCUACCCUCCCCUCCCAACCUCCGUCCCCAAAUCGUCUCUCUCGCUCUCUCUGUCUCUCAGACCGACAAGACAAAGCACAGCACAGCACAGCAGCACCCUCCACAAGCCCCUUUCCCAGGUGAUACUUGUGUGUAUAAAUUAUAAAUUAUUACUAUUACUAUUGUUCACCAAAUCAGAACAGGAGAGGAGCAUAGCAUAGCAUAGCAUUAGUUGGUGUUGUUAGGUGUUGGUUAGUUGUAGUUAGGGUAGCAGCAGCAGCAGCAGCAGCAGCAACGACAUGUCAGUGUCGUGUGGGGUGGAGUGCGUCCUUCUACUUGGUUGUCUCCGCUGGGCCUGCAAACGCUGCACCUACAUCGGCUCCUACGACAGCGCCACCUGGCCUCCCGCCACCGCCUCCGAAUUCGAACCCGUACCCCGUCUCUGCCGCCUCAUCCUCGCCGUCUACGAAGACGACCUCCGCCACCCCCAGUUCCCCCCCUCCGGCGGCUACCGCCUCAACCCGGAGUGGGUCAUCAAACGCCUCACCUACCAACAAACCCUCGGCCACGCCCCUCCCUACCUCAUCUACGCCGACCACCUCCACCGCGAGAUCGUUCUCGCCAUUCGCGGCCUGAGCCUCGUCAAAGAGAGCGAUUACAAGCUCAUGCUUGACAAUCGAUUGGGUAUGCAGAUGUUUGACGGUGGUUAUGUUCAUCACGGUCUCUUGAAGUCCGCUAUUUGGAUUUUGAAUGAGGAAUCCGAGACCCUGAGGCGACUUUGGGUUGAUAAUGGAUCUUCUUAUAAGAUGGUUUUUACGGGACACUCUUUGGGCUCUGGAGUGGCGGCGUUGUUGACGGUGAUCGUAGUCAAUCAUCUGGACUUGCUCGGCGGAAUUCCCAGAAGUAAUGUGCGCUGUUACUCGGUGGCCCCUGCCAGGUGUAUGUCGCUCAAUCUGGCUGUCAAGUACGCCGAUGUUAUACAUUCUGUGGUGUUGCAGGAUGAUUUCUUACCAAGAACACCGACCCCCUUGGAAGAUAUAUUUAAAUCGAUCUUCUGCUUGCCCUGCUUAUUAUUUGUGGUUUGCUUUUGGGAUACCUUCAUACCAGAAGGUAGGAAGCUUAGAGAUUUUAGAAGACUCUAUGCACCUGGAAGAAUGUACCAUAUUGUAGAAAGAAAAUUUUGCAGAUGUGCAAGAUAUCCUCCAGAGGUCAGAACUGCCAUCCCAGUAGAUGGAAGAUUUGAGCACAUUGUCUUAUCUUGCAAUGCCACACAAGAUCAUGCAAUUAUUUGGAUAGAAAGGGAAGCAGAGAAGGCUCUAAAUGAAAAUUUGAAUAUGGUCCUUCAGUCAAUAUUUUCCAUUAUGACUUUUCAUCAAAUUUUGCAACAGCAAUUGAUGGAGGGACUACACUGACACAACGUUUGGUAACUUAGGAGAGAAAAGCAAAGAAAAGAAAGGAUUGUAAUUUCUCUUCCUCUUGUUUGGAUAAAUGGGAUAGAAAAGAAAGGAAAAUAUAAUGAUUUGUCUCUUAUCUUGUUUAGUUGAACUACAUAAAAGAAAAGAAAAGAAAUUGUUUCAUAUUAUAUUUACCAAAAUAACCUUUUAUAGGUGUUAGUUUUUUUAUUUCUUCUAUAUAUGAAGGGACAAUUUUGGAAAUAUAAAAAGAUAGUGAGUAGUUGGUUUCUUUUCUCAUCCAUUCUCUCCACUUUUGUAAAGAUUCAAAAUGAAGGUUAUGAGAGAAAUGGGUUUCUCUCCAUUUCAUCCCAUUUCACUCAAUUUUUGUCCUCUUUAUUAAUCCAAACAAGUGAUAUGAACCGAGAGAAAUGCAUUUCUUUUCUUUGCUUCCCAAAUCAGUCAAUCAAAAUGUGAACCUCACUUGAAAGUAUGAGGUUAAAAUUGUUACAAUUGAAACAUGAAGGACUAAAAUGAAAUUUAA